GGGGAGGCGGGGGCGGUGUCGGCCCGCAGCCCCCCUCCCCGCCACCCGGCUCGCCCCCAAAGGCAGCCGCAGCUCCCACUGGCCUUGCUCACAAGCACAUCCGAGAAAAGCUUUCCCUAUAGCCUAUGUCCCGGGGAAAAAAAAAAGGACCGGUGGUGGAUCCUCGGGAUCUCUCAGAGCUAUUUUCAGUGCUUUGAGAUUCACAGUAAUGUUGAUGUUCUUUUUUCCCCCCCUCUUCUCCCCUCUCUUCUUCCCAGUAGCGUUUGGCAGCGUUUGAUGAGGGAGCUAUUAACCUUUGAAGCAAGGGCUUUAGGUUCAAACUACCUCCUUCGCUACCCGCUGUAUGUUUCUCCCCUCCCCACACAGAGACACGAUGCGAGGAUGGAUUUGGCUGCAUGGGAUCGAUGUAAAUGUCUCCUCAGGCCUCGAUCUACCUCGGGUUACGCUACUAGGUCUCCUUCUCACGGAGAACCCGCUGAAGGCGCAGGGUUCCCGGGGCUUGAACUGGCUCCCCUCCGAGCACAGCGGGAGCAAAACCUGCCUCCGAAGCGGGGCCGGCUCGGGGACGAGCCCCAUGGCAGCGCUGCCGUGGUCUGGCCCGUCUCUCCCUCCGUGAGGAGAAGGACGGGGUCAAACCAGCCAUUCGCAAGCUUAGGGGGACUUCUGCCCAUCCCUCUGCUCCGACGGCCAGCACGGGACUGUAGGAGAAGGGGAAGAAAAACUGACCACGGGGAACUUAAUUAUUUGUUAGAGGAAAGAGAUAUUCCCACUCCAUGCAGGCUCCUUCGACUGGGCGUGAGCAGAGGAGGCUGCUCCGGGCUACUCUGCCAAACACAGGGCGCUACGGAGCGGGAGCUCCCAGGCGGGAGGGCGAGGCCGGGCGGUUGGAAAACCGCCCCGGGAGGGCGAAGCUGGAAGGACAAUGGGGAUACACGCAGACACACAGAGGGUCACGUUCGCCCCUCGCAUCCCCACAGCGGAGAUUGGGACAAUAGCUGGAGUGGAUUAUUCAUUCCCGUAGGCAAUACUUCCCUGUAUGGGCUUCAGGAUGCAGUUGGGAGCUUGGGAACAAAGCGGGCAUCGAAUGUCAAGGCUCCUUUUGAGGAAGAAAUAGUUCUGCUGAGACCCCAUGCCUGGAGUUUGGAGGGCAUGGCACAGUGGUCUGAUAUGAAAGCACUGUCCCUGCGGGCGGAAACCCUCCUCUGUAUCGUGCGCCUUGCAAGAAAGUCAGCGAGAGGACCUUGGAGUAGCCAAGCAUCUGGCAUCAAGCACAACAAUCCACUUCACACUAUGCGAAGGAAAGUUUGUUCCAAACCACAUACUUUGUGGUGCUCAAUACUGGUGUCAAACUGGUUUGAACUGCCCCGGAUCUAAAAUAAAGAUCUCCAUUGUGGCAUGCCAGUGAGCUUGUCUUGCUAAACCUUCCCUGUUUAUGUUGAAGGUACAGAGCCAAUGUAAUGCUGUCUUUUCACCCACGGAUGGGCGCAAUAGGAACAAUUCAGAAAAGGUCUGUUUAGUUUUUUUUCUCCUUGUAGUUGAAAAAAUGCAAGCUAUCAGAAACAAGCCUAUGUUUGAAGGUACAGUUUUCAACAUGUGAGCGGGAAACAUAUGUACUGGCACUAUUCAACAGCUCUGUAAGGGCUGUGCUCGAAUUUUGGCUUUUAAUCUCAACUCUGUUAGAGAAGCAAAAUGGAAUGGAACCUGAUUAUUUGUGCUAUAGCCUUGUGAUGCUCAUCCUAUAACUGUUGGGGAGAGAAGCAAAACACUCUGCUGAAGCUUUGGGUGAGCCUGAGUUUCAGGGGGACUCUAGUCUUCACAGGUUCUCACUUUGCUGCCUUUCUUCCCUUAAUAUAUGUUAUAUGGGGAUUUUUUUUUUUUUUUUUUUUUUUUGGUCUGCUGUUCUACGUUUUAAAGUGAGUACAGACUCAAUCCUGCUGAGAGAGAGAGAGCUCCCUCCAUCACAAGCUCACGUUUGGAAAGUGCCUACCCACUUCGACUGCCCCCCUUCAAGUCAUCGUCCCCCUUUCAGGGGAGAAAAGAAAACCUUAAAAGAGAAAGAAAGAAGCCGGGGUGGAGGGGAGGGGGAGAACCCCUGAUUCCUCAAUGACCUGCACAGCUCGGACAGACCUUCAAGAUCCCCUUUGCCUCCUGCAGACAAGCUCCGAUGGAGGAAAAAACUCACAUGCCUGAACUUUUAACGUGGCUUGGGGUUUAUACAAUUCAGGCUCAAGUUUAACAAUCUCGGGGUUGGGGACAGUGGGGGAGAAGGGAGAAGAAAGUUUGGAUUUAACUCUUUGUCGCUAAAAAAUCACCACAACCAACCCCCCCAGCCAUCAGCAAAAGCGACCAGCGUCCCCGGCAGCCAGUGCCCGGUCCCGAGGCGGCCCUCCCGCCACACAACGGCGAUGGCUGGCACGGAGAGGCAGCCCCAGCCCUGGCUGCCAGCGCCCUGCGUGCAGCCGCGCCCCGGGGCUCCCCUCGCUGCCACGCCGGGGGGCCGCCCUUCCUCCGAACACUGCGGGGGAAGGCAGCCCUGCCUGGGGUCUGCGGGGCUGGCAGGGAAGUUUUUUGGUACUGCUCAAGGCAUACACACACACAUACACACACAUAUAUAUGUGCGUAUAUAUAUAUAUAUCUCAUACACACACGUCUUUAUAUAUAGAUUUAUAUGUAGGUGUCUAGUCUAUGUUUAAAUUAUUCUAUCUAUACACACAGUCCUCCUCUGAUGAGGUCAUUCUCCCAUAUAUAUGAGAUUGGGUGUAAGAUGCCAGAAUCUAAGGCCAAGAUCUUAUCUCUGCCGAUCUAAAAGCAAUAUAAAGUAAAUGUUAGCAGAAGGGGAAAUAAAUUUUGGAGAGAAACAUUCAACAAGGUGUCCCUGAAGGCUUUUCCCCCGCCCUCCCCAGCCGAUGUGCCCACGCACUUUAUGCCAAAGAGAGCCAUUUCUGCGCAAGAGACUUCUGCUUCAGAGCAAGGACAGACUGCACCCCGCAUCGUGGGUCUGUGCCUGGCAAGGGCUGCACCUUGACAUUUUUAAUCCCCUCUUCCCUUUCCCUAGCUCUCCUCUCUAAUGCGCUAAUCGACUGCAGCUUAUUUAUUUUUAUUUUUUUUCCCCUGGGGCUCCAAAUGUCUUAAUUUUUUUUUUUUUUUUAAUUUCAGGAAACUCAAAACGGAAGGGGGGAUGCUCCUUGAAAGUGUGACUCUAAAAAAAAGGGUUUUGCUUUGCAGCUAUCAGUAGCACCAGGAGACAGCUCCAUUAAAAAAGUAGUUUUCCACUGCU